UGCUGCAAAACCAAGUAGUCAUAUGCUGCUUUUACCAUGACUUUCUAAGUUACUUUCCAGGGUUGACUUAAUAGAGGACCCUGAGAUAAGAAAAUAACAAAGGCAGCUGUGAUAAAGCAAUUAAAUCUUGCUUUGUUGGGUCUUCCUGCAAUAAAAGAUAAGACAUUGAAGCAAUUAUUCAAAUAAUUCAGGCCUGAAAUAUAUUCACCUAAAAUAGCCAGAUAGUUGGGAUAAGUGUGUCAUUUUGGUUUUUUGGUUUAAGUUGUCUGAAUCACUGUGUUAAUUCUGCCACUUAAUCUAAGUAGACACACUGAGGCUGUGAGAAAUUUUUAGGUUAGUGAGGAAUGUCUCUAGAUUUUUCUGUGAUUAUUUGUAGCUCUUUCCAUAAUUGCAGUGAUCUCACAGUUUUACCUUUUAACCAAAGUCUAAUCCAAUCUUCAAGCUUCCUGCUAAAGAACCACCCAGGAAUGUUUGGGGAUUUCUGUGUAACCAGGCCCUAGGAAAGCUGAACCCAGGGAGACAGCUACUAAAUUCUGGAGCUCUUUCAGACUGCUCAGAUUCACUACACCAUGCUGAAACUAAGGAGUUCAAGAGUUGAGUUAUUUAAUAAAGAGCUCUUAUACCUGGAUUAAGGUAUCAGGAGACCAUCAAGACCAGACUGGAUGAUACAAAAGGAUUUUGCCUAAGAAUUCGAAGUCAUUCCACACUGAAGAGUUACAAAAGGACUGAGUCAGGUAGAAGAGUCGAUAAAACCACCUGAUCAAGGAAAAGGAAGGCACAGCGGAGCGCAGAGUGAAAGCUCCCAGCGGCGAGGCGCCGGGCAGCUCCCCUGCAGCGGCGGACGGCGCGGCCCGGCCUGGCCAUGCCUGCGCUCUGGCUCAGCGGCUGCCUCUGCCUCUCGCUCCUCCUGCCUGCAGCCCGAGCCAACUCCAGGACGCCAGUCUGUGAUUGCAAUGGGAAGUCCAGGCAAUGCAUCUUUGAUCAGGAACUUCACAGACUGACAGGAAAUGGAUUCCGCUGCCUCCACUGCAGUGACAACACUGGUGGCAUUCACUGUGAGAGGUGCAAGGAAGGGUUUUACCGACACAGGGACAGAGACCGCUGUUUGCCCUGCAACUGCAACUCCAAAGGUUCUCUUAGCCCUCGAUGUGACAACACUGGACGGUGCAGCUGUAAGCCGGGUGUGGCAGGGGACAGGUGUGACCGCUGCUUGCCAGGCUUCCACACCCUCACCGAUGCUGGGUGCACCCAAGACCGGGAGCUCCUAGACUCCAGGUGUGACUGUGAUCCAGCCGGCAUCGCGGGGCCCUGUGACACGGGCCGCUGUGUCUGCAAGCCAGCUGUCACGGGAGAGCGCUGUGAUAGGUGCCGACCAGGUUACUAUCACCUGGAUGGGAGAAACCCUGAGGGCUGCACCCAGUGUUUUUGCUACGGGCAUUCAGCCAGCUGCCAAAGCUCCGGAGACUACAGUGUCCAUAAAAUCAUAUCUACCUUCCAUCAAGGUGCUAUUAGAUCCCUCAAUCUCCAGUUGGCCAAGGCCAGGAGCCAAGAGAAUAGCUACCAGACCCGCCUGGAUGACCUCAAGAUGACCGUGGAGAGACUUCGGACCCUGGGUAGCCAGCAUCAGGACCGAGUUCAGGAUACCCGCAGGCUCAUCACACAGAUGCGCCUGAGCCUGGAGGAGAGCGAGGCUGCCCUGCGGAACACUAACAUUCCACCUUCAGAACACUACACAGGGCCAAAUGGCUUUAAAAGUCUAGCUCAGGAGGCCAUGAGACUGGCAGACAGCCAUGUCGAGUCAGCCAAUAACAUGGAGCAACUCCUCAGGGAAACUGAAGACUACUCCAAGCAAGCCCUGACCUUGGCGCGCAAGGCUGCUACUGAAGGAGGCAGCAGCGGCAGCCUCCGUGGCUCUGUGGUGCAAGAGCUUGGGGGAAAAUUGGAGAAAAUCAAGUCUCUGGCCCAGCAGCUAUCGAGGGAGGCCACUCAAAUUGACAAUGAAGCAGAUACGUCAUAUCAGCAUAGUCUCCGCCUUCUCAGUUCAGCAACUCAGCUUCAGGGGGUCAAUGAUCAGUCCUUCCAGGUAGAAGCGAAGAAGAUCAGACAAAAAGCCGACUCUCUCUCAAGCCUGGUGACUAAGCGAAUGGAUGAGUUCAAGCGUGUGCAAAGCAGUCUGGGAAACUGGGAAGAAGAAACCCAGAAGCUCUUACAGGAUGGGAAGAAUGAGAGACAGAAAUCAGAUCAGCUGCUUUCCCGUGCCAAUCUUGCUAAAAGCAGAGCCCAAGAAGCACUAAGUAUGGGCAAUGCCACUUUUUAUGAAGUUGAGAAUAUCUUAAAGAACCUCAGAGAGUUUGAUCUGCAGGUUGAAGACAGAAAAGCAGAGGCUGAAGAGGCCAUGAAGAGACUCUCUUACAUCAGCCAGAAGGUUGCAGAUGCCAGCGACAAGACCAGGCGAGCAGAAACAGCCCUGGGGGGUGCUGCUACCGACACCCAGAGGGCAAAGACUGCAGCCGGGGAGGCCCUGAAGAUCGCGGGCAAGAUAGAACAGGAGAUUGGGAGUCUGAACUUGGAGGCCAACAUGACAGCAGAUGGAGCCUUGGCCAUGGAGAAGGGACUGGCCACUCUCAAGAGUGAGAUGAGGAAAGUGGAAGGAGAGCUGGCAAGGAAGGAGCGGGAGUUUGACGUGGAUAUGGACGCAGUGCAGACGGUAAUUACAGAAGCCCAGAGAGUUGACAGCAGAGCCAAGAAUGCUGGAGUUACGAUCCAAGACACACUCAACACAUUGGAUGGCAUCCUACAUCUAAUAGACCAACCUGGCAGUGUAGAUGAAGAGGGGCUGAUCUUACUGGAGCAGAAGCUUUUUCGAGCCAAGACCCAGAUCAACAGCCAGCUGCGGCCACUGAUGUCAGAGCUGGAGGAGAGAGUGCGUUGGCAGAGGGGCCACCUCCGCUCACUGGAGACAAGCAUAGAUGGCAUUCUGGCUGAUGUGAAGAACCUGGAGAACAUUCAGGACAACCUGCCCCCAGGCUGCUACAAUACCCAGGCUCUUGAGCAACACUGAAGCUGCCUUCAAGAUUUCCCAACUGGGGUUCUUAGGAUGGAGACCUCAGGCUCAGAAGCCAUCUCAUGUGGGUGGGGUGGGAUGGGGAAUUUUGAACGUGUUGAUGGGCAUUCUCAGCUCAACUGAACCUGGCCCCACCCGGAGACCUUGGCCAAGAUCAGUGUCUUAUUGCACCAGUGUGAUGCUCUUUGCUUCCUGAUGUGGGGCAAUGAGGCAAAUAGCACUGAGUAUGAGACUCAUCAAGGGCCUGGACACCCAAAGGGUAAACCGGAUGGAAGGACAAACUGCACUGGCAGAUAGUCAUAAACCAACUCCUGGAGUAUGAACAAGUGUUGCCAUGUCGUAGGCGGCUUAUGCUUUGAGUAAAUUUGACCAAAGGAAAUUUUUUUUUGACUUUGCCCACGCAUAAAAUUCUUCCUAAUGUCAGAACAGAGAGUGAAUUGAAGUCAUUCUGUGGUCAGUAAAAUACUGUUGCCUCAUAGCGUUCAAUGUGUUCUUGAUCAGAGUUCCUCCCACUUACUGCCUGAUCCAUGAUAUGUACUCCACUUUCAAACUGGAGGAAGUGACGAACCGUAAGCCUGGCAUGUUUGGAGCAUUGGUAUCCUGCUACCUUUGAGUUCUUCUGGGCCUGGAAUUGACCACCUUUCCCUUGAUGAUGCCAGGUACCUUAGAGACAAUGUUUUUAU